CGACUCACCCGACUCACUCAACUCAACUCAACAAUGGCACGCCUCAGAUUCAUCUUAGUAACCUACCCAGCUCAAGGCCACAUAAACCCAACUCUCCAAUUCGCCAACCGUCUCACCUCCGCCGUCCACGGCGGCGCCGACGUCACCUUCGCCAUCCCUCUCCACGCUUACCGCCUCAUGACAGCAAACGGGUCAGAAUCCGACCCGAACAAAACUAUAGAAACCUCAAACGGGUCGGUCAUAACCUUCGCCCCGUUCUCAAUCGACGGUUAUGAUUCCGUAAUCGGCGAUGACCGGCGCCGCUACUUGUCGGAGAUGAAGCGGUGUGGGACCCGAGCCGUAAGAGAUCUCGUCGUUUCGGGUCGAAACGACGGUCUUCCGUACAGUUUCUUGGUCUACACGCUUCUUCUGCCGUGGGCUGGUGUCGCCGCCGACAGUGUUGGUCUGCCGUCGGCGAUGUUGUGGAUUCAACCGGCGACGGUUUUUGCUUUGUACUAUCGUUAUUUUUACGGUUGUGGUGAUUUGAUAAGAGAGGUUUUUGAGAGAGGGGAUUGUUGUCGUUUUUUGAAAACGACAAUAGUUGGAUUGUCGUUGGAGUUUAGUAGGAGGGAUUUUCCUUCGUUUAUGGAUCAUGAAGGUACUUAUCACAUGGUUAUGGAGAGUUUUGAGGAGCAAUUUGAAAUGAUUGAAUCUAGAAAGGAGAAGAGAAUUAUACUUGUCAAUAGUUUUGAUGAGUUGGAGGGUGAGGCGUUGGGAGCUGUUAGCGGUGUCAAUUUGAUUGGAAUCGGAUCGUUGAUUCCAUCAGCCUAUUUCGAUGAAAAAGAUUGUCGUGGUGAUGAUAAGGUGUUUCGUGGAGAUCUUUUCGAGAGAUCGAAGGAUGAUUACAUCGAAUGGUUGAACUCGAAGAAUGUAAGGAAUGUGGUUUAUGUAUCGUUUGGGAGUCUUUUGGAUUUGCCUAAGGAACAAAUGAAGGAAAUAGCUAAAGGGUUGUUGGAUUUUUGUCAUCCAUUUUUGUGGGUCAUUAAAGAAAAAAGUCAUCACAAGUAUCAUGACGAUGAUGUCGAUGACAAUGACAAUGAUGAGCUAAUAAAUUAUAGGGAAGAGUUGUUGAAGCUUGGGAUGAUAGUGACAUGGUGUUCUCAAGUGGAGGUUUUGUGUAAUCAAUCAAUCGGAUGUUUUGUGAGUCAUUGUGGUUGGAACUCGACCCUAGAGAGCUUAGCUGCAGGUGUUCCAGUAAUAGCGUUUCCCAUUUGGUCAGAUCAAGGAACAAAUGCUAAGUUGAUUGAGGAUGCGUGGAAAACAGGAGCGAGAGUAAACCCUAACGAGAAUGGUAUUGUUGAAAGUGAUGAGAUUAAGAGGUGUUUGGAAUUGGUCAUGGGAGAAAAUGAAGAUGGGGCGGAAAUUAGAAGAAAUGCAAUGAAAUGGAAGGAUUUGACAAGGGAGGCUACUAAAAAAGAUGGAUCUUCGGAUAAAAAUCUCAAGUCUUUUGUUGCGGAAAUGGUUUGUGGAACUACAAUUUGUAACGAUUCUAUUAAUGCGUUGUAAAAUUUAUUUUUUCUUUUGAUUUGUGAGAACAAAUUUCUUGUUCUUUUCUUAAUUGUUUUAGAGUUGGAGUUGAUGUGCCUUAGUUUUAAUCCAAAUUUAUCUUUUGGUAA